GCGCGCAGCUCCUGCAGGACCAGUUUCUAGAAGCUCAUUGCGGUGGCGUUGGUCCUGACUGCGGGUGCUGAUGCAGUUUCUGCAAGACCAUUAGCUGAAUGUUUGGAACCCUUGAUAUUUUGCUGCCAAUAGUGCCUGCUGGUGGACUGUACUGAUAAUUCAACUAGAGUCUAAAGGGAAUUGGAUUCCUCUGCUGAUACACAUUGCAAGCUGUAGUAGCCUUGAAUAAGAUGACAGCCAUCUCCCCAGACCCUCAAACUCUGGCCUCAAGUGAACCAAGCAAGGUCCUGAGAAUGGAUACUCCUGGGGAUCAAGAAGCUAUCCUAAGAGGAGACAGUACUGACCCAGAGACUUUCAGACAGAGAUUCAGAUGGUUUUGUUACUCAGAAGUGGCUGGACCCAGAAAAGCCCUAAAUCAACUCUGGGAUCUCUGCAUUCAGUGGCUGAGACCAGACAUCCACACGAAAGAACAGAUUUUAGAGCUUUUGGUAUUUGAGCAAUUCCUGACCAUUUUGCCUGGGGAGAUCAGAUUUUGGGUAAAGUCACAACAUCCUGAGAGCAGUGAGGAAGUGGUGACCCUAAUAGAGGAUUUGACCCAAAUGCUUGAAGAAAAGGAAGAUCCAGUCUCUGAAGAGUCUGUUAUUUCCCAAGAGGAGAACCCUGAAGAAAAUAAAGUGGUUUCUGUCCUUCCAAGUACUGAGUCCCAGGAAUCCGUGACAUUCAAGGAUGUGGUGGUCAGCUUUUCCAGAGGAGAGUGGAGGAGGCUGGAGCCUUUUCAGAAGGAGCUCUAUAAGGAAGUGCUACUGGAGAACUUUAGGAACCUAGAGUUUCUGGGCUUUCCAGUUUCCAAAUUAGAUUUGAUUUCCCAGUUUAAGUGGGUUGAACUGCCAUGGCUGCUGGAAAAAGAAAUUUCAAAAGGCUCCAGACCAGAGGGUGAACCCAGAGGUGAACUGAAGGAAUCCUCUCGAAAUCAAGAUGUUCUUCUGGAAGAAUCAACUUUAGAUAAAAUAAUAGAAAGAUGCCUAAUGGGUGCUAAUUAUGGCUUGAUGGGAGAGUCCUGGAAACGUAGCAGUAAGGAAUAUUCGCAAGUCGCAGGCACACAAAAGAAAACUCAUGGGAGAGUUAGUAAGGGUGAGGAAUUUGACCCAGAAAAGAGCCCCUUUGGAAGUAAUUUCAAGCAAACCUCGGAAAUAAUUAAACAUCUGAGAGUCUACUUAAGGAAGAAAUCUCGGAGGUAUAAUGAAUGCAAGAAACCCUUCAGUUUUCAUUCAGACCUUAUUCUGAACCGCAAAGAACACACUGGAGAGAAGCCAUGGAAAUGUAAUGAAGGCAGGAAAGUCUUAGGUCACUCUUCCUCCCUAACUGAACAUCAGAAACAUCAGAAAAUGCAUUUGGGGGGGAAGACCCAGAAGUGCACUAAUUGUGGGAUAGCCUUUACGCGGAGCUCAUCCCUUAAGAGAAAAAACUCCUCUAUGUGUGAAAAAUGUUGGAAAAAUUUAAAUCAAGAUGCAACCUCAGAUAAAGAUGAGGGAGCUGAGACGGGAGAGAAGACCCAUAAAUGUAGCAAAUGUGGAAAAGCCUUUGGCUACAGUGCCUCACUGACCAAACAUAGGAGAAUUCACACAGGGGAGAAACCCUACAUGUGCAAUGAAUGUGGAAAAGCUUUCAGUGACAGUUCAUCUCUCACGCCACAUCACAGAACUCACAGUGGAGAGAAACCCUACAAAUGCGAUGAUUGUGGAAAAGCUUUCACCCUGAGUGCCCACCUCAUCAAACAUCAGAGAGUUCAUACUGGAGAAAAACCCUAUAAAUGUAAAGAAUGCGGGAGACCCUUCAGUGAUAGUUCCUCUCUUAUUCAACAUCAGCGAAUUCAUACCGGAGAAAAACCCUACACGUGUAACAACUGCGGAAAAUCCUUCAGUCACAGCUCGUCCCUUUCCAAACAUCAGAGGAUUCAUACUGGAGAGAAGCCCUAUAAAUGCGGUGAAUGUGGAAAAGCCUUUAGACAGAAUUCUUGCCUUACUCGACAUCAGAGGAUCCACACUGGAGAAAAACCCUAUUUGUGUAAUGACUGCGGGAUGACAUUCAGCCAUUUUACGUCUGUCAUUUAUCAUCAGAGACUUCAUUCAGGAGAAAAACCCUACAAGUGUAACCAGUGUGAGAAAGCCUUCCCUACCCAUUCACUUCUCAGUCGUCAUCAGAGAAUUCAUACUGGCGUAAAACCAUAUAAAUGUAAAGAAUGUGGGAAAUCUUUCAGUCAGAGUUCAUCUCUUAACGAGCAUCAUCGAAUUCAUACCGGAGAGAAGCCCUAUGAAUGUAACUACUGUGGAGCAACCUUCAGCCGGAGCUCAAUCCUUGUAGAACACCUAAAAAUCCACACCGGAAGGAGAGAAUAUGAAUGUAACGAAUGUGAAAAGACAUUUAAGAGUAACUCAGGCCUCAUCAGACAUCGGGGAUUUCAUUCUGGAGAGUAAUUCUUGAAAUACAGUAAGGUGGGUUGGGGGGGGUGUGUGUGGAAUCUCAUCACAUUGUCCCUUAUUAAAAACCCAGGGUGUAAACUACCACAGCAUUGAUCAGUAGCUACCACUCUAAAGGGUUGGCGGCUGGGAAAAACACUCUUUGCCACUUACCACUCUCCUUUGGUAGAUCAUAAGUAGGGUUGGUAAAGUCCCGUGGAAAAUGAAGAAAGCAGGAUGAGAUGGGCAAUGGUUCUAAAAGGCCAAGUGCAGAUUUAAAAAGCAAGAGGAGGUGCACGGGACCCACUGACAAACCUUUUUUCUUCGAUAGAUUUCCCUCUUCUAGCUUCUAGCAAGAACUGGUCUCAAGUCAUAACCUAGGUUCUGGGUUCUGGCCCAGUUUGCCAGCCAGCUCACUAUAUAACUUUGGGCACAUCAUUUGACUUUUCUAAAUUUGAGUUUUCUUUACUGGUGGCACGAGGGGGGGUGUCACGAUAUCCAAUUUUACUUCCGAUCCUCUCUGAAGCUGUGGGAAUAAGUGAAACGCUUUUGGUUCAUUGGAAUUUUCAAGUUUCUCUAGUAGAAAAGCACUCAUUUAAGAUCCUGAACUGAGAAUGCAGUAUACUUGUUGAAUGCCUCACACCGGAAUCCCUAGAAUAUCAACAGGAACGAGUCGGUGGAGCUCACACGUGUGUGUCUUCAGGGAAUGUUUUAACUGGACAAAGUACCCCAACCUGUUUUUCCCUCUGGGCUUUGACUGAGGGGAUUAGGAAUCUAGAGGGCAUAUGUUGGAACCAUCUCAGCCAUGAGAGUACCAGUCCUAGGAAAAUGGGUUGGGGGCUGGGGAGGGGGGUGGUGGGGAAGGAAACGGGUGCUGAAAAUAGAGCUCUUCUGGAUGGACUACCUUUUGCAAAAUAGAAUUCUAUUUUUUUAAAAGUUUGUUUAUCCUAAGUACUGCCCCGUGUAAUCGGAGUGCAAACGUUGUGUAUGGCAAAGGUCACAAACUAGGAUUGGGCCAUUUGAUAUGUUUUGGUUGGUCUGCAUGGUAAGGGGAGUGUGUGUGUGUGUGUGUGUGUGUGUGUGUAACUAGUAGUCACCAUUUAAAAAUUAGAUUUCAUACCAAAAAAAAAAAAGGCUUGCCUUGAAAAAUUAUAUAAUAGGGCUGACAACUGGCCCAUAUUUCAGUGGAGAAGUCAGCUGGUUUGGGCUAGCACCACUGCCUUUACACAGGGAAUCGACUCUUCUGCUGGCCAGGUUCUCUGAUCUACAGGACCCGACUUACGCCACUAUAGGAACUUGAUCCUAUGGUCCCCUACCAUCUGGAGAAUACAUAUUCUAAAGUCUAAAGAGACUCCAUUGAUAGUAAAAUUCAGGAAAAGAAUGUAGAAAUCCCACAAAAUAACUUCUCAGUUAAGUGUUUUUUGUUGUGAAAAUUAGACCUGAAAAUAAGAGUGAGCAGAUAUUAGUGGAUUAUUUCUUAUGAUGAAUCUCAUUCAUUGGUGGAGUGUGAAUAAUUUCUGACUGAAAAAGGCAUUAAAACCCUGAGUCAGGUUUAGGUCUCAAGCCCUAGGGUUCUGGAGGCACCCUACUGAUUGAACAAUGGUACCAAAAAGUUCAUAAGGUUGAAAUUUGAGGUAGCUCCUAUAUACAUGAGAACGAAAACAGAACAGUUUUGGCUUACGGAAGUGAAGAGAUCCUUAAUGCUGAUGGGAGACUCAGCAGUAUUUGCUGUGAUUUAAUGGGUGUAGGUUUGCAGUGCUACCUCUGGAUAAUGCUUUUGGUUUCUUCCUUAUACCUCCUCCCCCCCAAAAAGCUUGUAGUUCGGAUAUUGCUGUGUGGUAAAUUGAUCUGCAUAGUUAUUGCUAAAUGAACCAACCAGAGACAUUCUAGCCAUGAAAGGAAUAUGGCUUAGAAUCAUUCAUCUGGUCUUAAGUUUUUUUCCAAACAUAUAUAAACCCUGAUUUGUUUUUUUUUUUUUAAAGAUACAAUUUAUAGAGAAAUACGUAAAAUUCUUGAGAAGAGGCUUCUUCCAGGAUGUUUACUGGUUAUAGCCUCCAGCAUUUAUACACCAGGACCAGUUGGGUAUCUGGAACAUAGUUUUUUUUUAACAAGUUUAUUGGGGUAUAAAUUACAGAUAAAAGUCAUUUCAAUUAUACAAUUCAGUGACUUUUGGCAUAUUCACUGAGUUGCACAAUCAUCAUAACCCAUUUUUGGAACGUUUUAUAACCUCAGUAAGAUCCCUCAUGCCUGUUUCCGGUUAACCCCCAUUCCUACACCUAGUCUCAGGCAAUCACUCAUCAGUUUACACUCUGUCUUGAGAGUUGCCUUUUCUGGACAUUUUAUACAAAUGGGAUCAUGUGUGGUCUUGUGUUUUUCGUUAACGUAUUUUCUAAGUUCAUGUUGUAGCGCAUCAGGCCUUUAUUUUUAUUGUUAAAUGAUACCCUAUUUUAUGGGUAUACCAUAUUUUGCCCAUUCACCAGUUGAAGGACGUUGGGGUUGUUUAGUUUUUGGCUGUUCAAAAUAAUGUUGCUUUGAACAUUGAUGAGCACGUCUUUCUGUAGACACAUUUUCAUUGUUCUUAGGUAGUGCCUGAGUGGCUGGCUCAUAGGGUAAAUUUUUGUUUAACUUUUUAGGAAAUUGCCAAAUUGUUUUCCAGGUGAGUACAUCAUUUUUCAGUCUGAGCAGCACUGUAUGAUCCCCUACAAUCUGGGGAAUAUAUAUCUUAAAAUCUAAAGAGACUCCACUGAUAGUAAGUGAAAUUCAGGAAAAGAACAUAAAAAACCAUAGAGAGUGACUUUUCAGUUAAAUUUUCUUUGUGAAAUUAGACCUCAGAGGAAUAGAGUGUGCAGAUACUAGUGGAUUAUUUAAGAAUUUCAUUGGCAAAGUCUGAAUAAUAAUUUCUAAAUGAAAAGGUAGCUAAAGCCCUGAGUCAAUCAGGUUUCUCUACAUCGUCACCAACCCUUGUGAUAUUGUCUGUCUUUUUCAUUAUAGCCGUUCUAAGGGUUGAAACGGUAUCUCUUUGUGGUUUUAAUUUGCAUUUCCCUGAUGGCUAGUGAUGUUGAGAAUCUUUUCAUGUGCCCUGUAGCUAUUCAUAGAUCUUCUUCGGAAAAAGGUUUAUUCAAGUGUUUUUUUCCAUUUAAAGAAUUGCGUUUAUUGAGUUGUAUUUUUUAUUCUAUGUAAAAGUCCUUUCUCCAGUAUGGAGAAAUACUAGCCACAGAGAGCAGCCUCUAGUCCUGCUGCAUGAUAUUUAUCAAAAGUUUGUUUUCAGUAACUACUUAUGUAUAAUUGCCUAAAGUAUAUUUGAUGCAGGCCAUCAUCUAAGUACUUUAAAUUCAUUUUUUAUGUCCUAUCAGAUCAUCAAGAGAUUUUAAACUUGUUUUGAUUUCUUAUAGAACUGAUCUUAUUAACUAUUAACUAAAUUAAUAGUAUUUAAUAAUACUAUUAAAACCAGUUAGACUUUAUGCUCUUUAUGUACAUUGACAGAUAUUAAAAUCAGCCCUUUAACACAUUCUACUUUAAAAUGAAGACCUGUUUUUCAAAAAUGUUUCUUAAUGAGUUUCCACUGAAGAAACUUCUCUCAGGUCACAGGACAGGAUAAAGCUUCUCCUGUCAGUGAAUCUCCUUUUAUUUCCUUAUUUUUGAAUUAGUUUCUAAUGUGGCAAAAUAUACAUAACCUAAAAUGGACCAUUUUAACCCUUUCUGGGAGUACAACUCAGUGAUAUUCGUGUUGUUGUAUAAUCAUCACCACUGUCCAUCUCCAGAACUUGUCUGUCAUCGCAAACUGAAACUCAUUAAACAAUAACCCCUCAUUCUGUCCUGCCCCCAGCCCCUGGUGACCACUCUUCUGCUUUCUGUCUCUGAAUUUGGGUAUUCUAGGCACCUCCUAU